CACCCACAUACGUGCUCCCUGCUGCUACCGCCUAUAUACCAUGUGCAGGAAGAAAGGGAUCUAUCGCAACCAGAUCUCAUUCUUUCAACACCAACAUGUCCCAUGCCCCAUUACCUGACCCCCCACACCCUUAACGCCCCACCCAGCAUAAUUGUUACCCAUUGUCUUGCUUCUCCCUAUAAACCUAAUGCUAUCUGCACAAACUGUUCAGUAGAGGAGAGAUAGUUCCUAGCACCCUCCACGCGUCAUUAACCCUGACAUGGCUGCAGGCUGAAUGUCAAACUACAUCUCAAGUGAGAGCCAUGUUUUGUGAGGCAAUAGAGUUUACAGAUGCAUGUCAUACAAAGUUACAGGAACUACGAUGCAAUACAAUCUCCCACCAGUGUUGAUCAUUCCCCACAGAUUUCAUUUUCUGGCAUAUCCUCUGUGCAGUUCCUUGUCAGUGUCGGCUUUUGCUUGAAAAGACUGCAAGGGAAUGGAUUCUCAGAAUUUGUCUGAACCAAAGUUUGAAGUUUGCUGUAAAAAGUUUUAACUGUUGAUGAACCAUGACUUGGAAGAAAUCCACCCGCUUCACGGAAAGUGCUACCCCAAGGGCCUGCUUAUGGUACCCGAAGUUCUCUCGCUACAAGGUCGCCAUCAUCAUCAUCAUCAUCCUCUCCAUCAUCUUCAUCUCCCUGUCUUGUCUGAACUACAACUUCAUACAUUCGGCCACUCUCUGUUUGUUUUCGUUCAGAGAAGGGGACAAUACCAGCUUAAGUUUUAAUGAUCGCAUGCAUUUCCAUCAUGCCAAACGUCGCCUACCUCAGUGCUUGAUCAUCGGUGCUCGCAAAGCAGGGACACGCGCCCUUCUCCAGUUCAUUCGUAUUCACCCAGACGUCCAAGGAGCAAGUUUAGAGGUUCAUUUCUUCGACAGGGACAACAACUACCAACUGGGUUACGACUGGUAUCGCCAUCAGAUGCCAUACUCUUUCAAGGAUCAAAUCACAAUAGAAAAGUCCCCAGCGUAUUUCACAGAAAGCGUUGCGCCGGAGCGAGUGUACGUUAUGAACAACUCGGUACGUCUCCUGCUCAUUGUGCGCGACCCAGUAGAGAGGACUAUUUCUGACUAUGCCCAGUUAUUGGAUAAUAAAGUCAAGCGACACAAGAAGAUGCAGCCAUUUGAGAAGCUUGUUCUGGUUCCAGAGACGGGUGAAAUAAACAAGUCUUACAUUGCAGUUAAGCGCUCAAUAUACCAUCGCCAUUUACUGAAAUGGCUUCAUUUCUUCCCUCUGAAGCAGAUACACAUUAUUGAUGGAGACAACUUACGGGUUAGGCCUUGGGCUGAGAUUCGCAAGGUGGAAUCCUAUCUUGGGCUGGAACACAAGAUCGGCAAGAAUCGUUUUGUGUUCAAUGUUUCCCGAGGUGUGUUUUGUACGCUCACGGAGGAGGGUGAGGAACGGUGCUUAGCUCAUGGGAAGGGGAGAAAACACCCUAACAUAAGUAAAGAUGUUGUUGACAAGCUACGAGUUUUCUUUCGUCCAUAUAAUGAAAAGUUCUUCCGCAUCAUCAAAAGGAGAUUUCAGUGGUAGUUGUACCCUUCAUUGUUACUGGACACAAUAGAUUCAUAAUUUGUUUUUGAAUGUUUUACCCCCCUUUUAACUUUUUAGUUUAUUUUAUUUCAAAAGGUGUUAUAUGAUACCAUCAUUUCAAGUAUUAUUGCAAAUUCAAGAUUUUUUCAUUGCUUUAUGGGAAAGGCUGUUCAUGUGUGAUUGACACAGACUCAUAUCACAUGGCUGAUGGUAUUUUUAUCUUUUGUGCAGUUAUACAGAAGGUGUUUCUGUUCUUAAAUAUAUAGAACCUUUGAUAUUCAUCAUUGUGAAGAAAAGUGUGUUUCUCUCACCUCAGUUGUGAGAGAGGAAAUUGAUAUUACGCAAUGACCAAAGCCCUAGUCAAUCGACAGCAUAUUCAUUUGUAUGUUUUGAAUAUUAUGUUAAUACUUGUCUGUGUGCAAUUUUUGAAACCCUGUCCUUGCCCCUCCAUUUUGGCAAUUCACCUGAUUAAUGAACAUCUUGAUUGUUAGAUCAAUGCAUUUUGGGGAAGAAAUAUUUAAAAAAUUGUAUUGAAGGUUUCAAGGUCAGGUAUCAGCUUUUCAUGAUAGGAAUUGAAUACAGUUAGAUUUUCAUUUCUACCCUUUGUCCCGAGGACGAUGUUUCUGAACCGUCAUUGUCCGUAAUGACAGGAUUGCAUGUAGAUUUAGUAUGAUAUCGUGUGGGCAUUGAUGGUUUGUUGCUGUACCAUAGAGUAGCACUUUUAUAGCUCUGAAUGUUCAGUAGUCAUUGAAGGUUUGAGACAUAUCACAUAAUAAUUUAUUCCUGAAAAUGACCUGUGUCAGGAAAAUACCAUUUUUUUGCAAUUUUGUUUUUUGAUAGCCAAAGGAAAACUACAACAGACAACAAUGUCUAACCACAUUUUGUCAAAAUAUCACAAAUCUCCAAAAAAUAUUUCUUAACUAAUCAUUUUUAGCUUCUUUGUCUGUGUUUCAUUUUAUUGGUUUUGUUUUGUUUGGAUGUUUUGAUUUUAAAACAACAUGUGCAAUAAACCAAAUAAGGGCAACUGAUUAUUGUUGCAUCAGGCAAGACAUUUAAUUUGCCAUUGUUGUUUGUGAUGUGUAUCCGAGCUUUAAAUUCAGGCACCUUAUGCAACACUUUGGGGGUGUUCAAUUUUUCAGAUUCGACAGACUAUCAGAAAGUACAAUAAAAGAUAUUUGGUUCAAUUUAUUUUAGUUGGCAGAUGGCUCUGUAUUUGAUCAGAUAAAUGAACAUUCACAGAAUUCCUCCGACACCCACCCCAACCCCUAUCCUGCAAAGCCCAAACCAAUUUGAAUUUGAUUCUUUUUAUUACAACCUACCUAAUAUAUAUGGUUAGUUCAAAAUGAAUAAUGUGAAGCUUGGUAUUUUAAGUAUUCAGGUUAAUUGGUUGAAAAAAAUAUAUAGUAAAAAAUUCCAAUUUCAAAUACAUUUUUUUAUGUCCUCUCCCGAUUUGUCAUAAUUUGUUGUGAUUUCAAGUUUUUAAGAUAAGUUUUCAAAAGGUUUUAAUUAUGGUAUUUAAAAUAAUUUUAUUUAUAUUGAUAGCAACAGUAAAUGAGGUGAUUUUAUAAAAGUGUUUACUAUUUCCGGUCAGCGGUAUAAACCCCCUCUGCUAUAAAGCAACCAAGGUUUGAGCUAUUUUGUAUUUAGGCCAGGCCAAUUUUUCCUUGUAUGAUGCAUUACAAUUUCUUUGGGUCAAAAUAUUAUGAUUGAGGGGGGAAAGAACAACCUUUGCAAAGAUGCAAAACUUAUUGAAGCCAUAAAUUCGACACAGCAGUAACCAUGACAUUCGAUGGCGAGUCACCAACUGUGUCAUUUCUGCUUUUUUUAUUUGAAUAACAUAGCUGUUUAGCUUUGUGACUGUUCGGCUAAUGUAUUUUCACCUUAUGUUACCUUAUGACAAACGCAAACAAUAAUGAAAACAAACUGCAACCAGCCUCAAUUAGGCAUCAUUUUAGUGAUGCACAUAUGUGCAUAUGACCGUAAUCAGCAGGAAGUAAGUGAUUCGAAUGCUAGAGAUGCAGCAUACACUUCUGCUGAUGGCAAGUGACAAUUGCAGAAGAGUUGCUUCCCUUCCAUUG